UUAUAUGGUUCCACUUGCUUGGAAAGCACACAGUUCUCGUGAAUACAUACUUUAUAAAGAUAGCUGUGGCUGGCCAAGCAUGCGCGUGCCUAUAUAAGGAAAGUUUUAAUUAUAUAGCAUAUGAGUCACAGUUUUUGGACCUUUUGGGGCUUCGAGAAUGGAAGUUGUAAGAGUGCUUUUUGGUGUUUGGAUUUUAGUUUCAUGGGUUUUGAGUGUGUUAGGUGAGGGAGUGAGAGGUGCAUUACCUUGUGAUUUUCCUGCUAUCUACAAUUUUGGUGACUCAAAUUCAGAUACUGGUGGGAUAUUUGCAGCAUUUUACCCAGCAGGGCCGCCAUCCGGCGAGACUUUUUUCCAUCAGCCGGCCGGAAGAGGUUCCGAUGGACGGCUCAUCAUAGAUUUUAUUGCCAAAGGCCUUGGAUUGCCAUACUUGAGUGCAUAUCUAGAUUCAGUUGGAACAAGUUUCAGGCACGGUGCAAAUUUUGCCACAGGGGGCUCAACCAUCAGGCGGCUUAACGAAUCGUUCUUUGUGACUGGCGUAAGUCCAUUCUCUCUUGAUGUUCAGAUUGUGCAAUUUAGCCAGUUCAGGGCACGCACCAGCAAUCUCUACAAUCAAGCCAAGAAAGAGUCCCAGAGAAUAAAUCUCCCAAGACCUGAGGACUUCUCAAAGGCUCUUUAUACAUUUGACAUUGGGCAAAAUGAUAUUGCUGCUGGUUUUCGAACAAUGAGCAAUGAGCAAUUUAAAGCAGUAAUCCCUGACAUCAUCGGCCAGUUUGCUGCAGCAGUCCAAGUAAGUUGUACAGGAAAAAGGGUUCAUCUGUACCAAGAAGGGGCAAGAGCAUUUUGGAUACAUAAUACAGGCCCCUUUGGCUGCUUGCCAGUGACCCUACACUACUACCACCGCCCACUUCCUGGCAUUCUUGACCAACAUGGGUGCGUCAUAGCUCAAAAUAACAUGGCUAAACAGUUCAACAGGCAGCUUAAAAAGAGUAUCAUCAGCCUAAGGGAACAGCUACCUGAUGCUACCUUAACAUAUGUGGAUGUCUUUGCAGCGAAGUAUAAACUAAUCAGAAGUGCAACGAAGGAAGGAUUUCUUGACGCAAGAAACAUUUGCUGUGGUUAUCACGAGGACGGCAGCCAUGUGUGGUGUGGGAACAAGGCACAGAUAAAUGGCAGUGAAGUGUAUGCUGGUUCUUGUGAAGAUCCUUCCAGGUAUAUUAGCUGGGAUGGUAUUCACUACACCGAGGCCGCAAAUUAUUGGGUUGCAAAUCAUAUAAUCGACGGUUCAUUCUCGGACCCACCAUUGUCAAUCACAAAUGCAUGUCAGAAGGGCCGAUCUUUGUGAUCAAGAUUUGCAUUUCUUUCCCAAUUUUUGCAUUGAUUUAUGUGAGAAACAGUGCGGUUAACAUCAGUUCAUAUUGACAAAAUGUCAAAAAUGGCCAAGAAAGAUAUUGAGUUCAUAUAUGGAGUGAGAAUCGUCGACAGAGUAGCCUGUAUUCGAAAAGCUUGAGUUUCAUUGAUUGAUUGCCAAA